AUGGCCAACGCGACGCCCUCAGACUCGCAUGCUGCUCUUAGCACCUCACCGCCGGCCAAGUCUCUCUCCCAGUCGCAACAGCACACCAGGACUUACCAGGCAUGCAUACCCUGCCGCCGCCGGAAGGUCCGAUGUGACCUCGGCCCCGUCGACAAUCCCCACGAGCCGCCGUGCGUCAGAUGCCGCCGCGAGAGCAAGGAAUGCUUCUUCUCCGCGACCAGGCGGAAGCGCAAGCCUCAGGACGGCGGCGAGGGCAUCGACGACGAUGGCCCCUCCGACUACGAGGUCCGCAAUGGUCGCAAGCGGCUCAGAGAUAGCAUCGACAGUACCCCGCGACACCCCGCCUUGCCCACCAUCAACGCCAACGAGGCCGCUGCCUACGAUGCCGCCGGUACCGACCAACCUCUGACUCCGGGAGGCUCCGUCGGCCGAUACCAGCCUUUGCGCCGCCCUACCGAUCCCCAGUUGUCGACGCAGGACGAUGCGCAGAAGGUCAACAACGAGACUACGGCGAUACUACAAUCCAAGGAAGUCUUCAGUGGACACGACGCCCUGAACCUGCUAUUUGAGGCCGCUGGGCGGACUGGUGACAUGGAUCACGACGCGCAUGGGAGCACGACCAGCCAGCAGCGGCCCAUGUCCGUCAGCGGCAACACCCCAGGGUCACAGGCGAACCUGACGAGCCCCGCGACGGUAGGAGCGCGACCUUACACUAGUCCCACGAUGGCGCGGUCUACAGUUGAGCCUGUAGUGGAUCCGGCGAUUUCACAAUCAUAUACCAAUGAAGACGGUUUCGACGAGGCGGGGUAUCAGUCGGCUAUUAGAGCUUGGUCAAAGUUCCGCUUCGUGCGCGCUGGGUGGUUCACAGCCAAGGAGGCUCUUGCCUACAUGGACUACUUCUACAAGUACCUCUCGCCAUUGACGCCGAUUGUGGUCCCGAAUUUCGAGCGCUAUGAGAGCCACAUCACUCUGCUCACAGAGGAACCGAUGCUCGUGGUUACACUGCUAACAGUGUCCUCUCGCUACAUGACUCUCACCGGGCCGGGGUCGAGUUCACGGCCUUUCGCAAUCCACGAGAAGCUCUGGAAUUACCUCCAGGGCAUGAUUGACCGGAUGAUCUGGGGUCAAGAACAAUUUGGUGGUGGUUUCUGCGGAGCUGGCGCCCAGCAAAGCUGCGAUGUAAAUCCUCUGUCCCGUAAAGGACUCCGUGCACUUGGAACCGUGGAAAGCCUUAUGCUGUUAACGGAGUGGCACCCACGUGCCUUGCACUUCCCUCCGGGGGACGAUGAUGAUGAACUCAUGGCCCGUGAAGAGCCAGUCUCUUUUGCGGAAACCAACAGCAACGAGCAAUACAGGGGUAUUGGGGGGCAACGCAUCGACAGCUGGUUAGAACCUUGCUGGCGUAGCGACCGGAUGUGCUGGAUGCUCCUUGGUAACGCACUGGCGCUGGCCUACGAGAUUGGUGUCUUUGACGAGACGAGCGAGGCAGAGUUUCAGGAAGAGAACAAGAACCUGCCACCGGCCAAAGUGGAAGCAUAUUUCCGCAGGAAAAACCACCUUAAAGAACUCCUCUUGAUUUACAUCACCCAGACCAGUGGCAGGGUCGGCCUUACCUCAAUGCUGCCCCGAUCUCAGAGGGAUGCAUCAUUCCUCAAGAGCCCUGACGAGCGUCUGCAUGAACGGUUCGAGGUUCUAAAGAGAACGGGGCGAAUCAUACGCGAGCAGUCCGGAACCUCACCCGGUAGGGAGCGGAGAAUCAACAGCCAAGAAAUGGUUCUGUAUUUCUGGAUGGAGAUUGCUGCCAUUAUGGAGCGGGGCAAUCAGCAGAUGUUUGGUAACCGCCGGCAUACCAGGGAACUAAUCAAGUCUGAGGAGUACAAGAAGCUACUUGCUGAAUUUCAACCAAUGCUUCGGAGCUUCAGGGAGCAUUUGGACAGAUACCGCCAUCUCAUACCCCCGUUGAUGUGUGACGUCUUGACGAUCGAAUACGAAUAUAGCCGUGUGUACCUCAACUCUCUCGCUCUACAAGCUGUUGUAGAGCGAUGCAUACAUAACCCUCUACAAAACAAUGUCGGUGCACCGCCCAAUGGGACCCCCCUUGGCUCUCUCCCUUCUGCCAAGGACCCUGGUGCCAUACCCGCAGCGUUGUUAAUGAGGAUGUAUGGCAACGAUCGGUUUUUCAUCCGGGAAGUCAUUGACGGCUGCCGCAAUGUCUUGACAGUUGUUGUCAAAGGACUGGAGCCAGGCGGCUACCUCAAGCAUGCACCUGUCAGGACCUUCUUCCGGAUCAUCUCCGUCGCCAUCAUCCUACUUAAGACGUUCGCGCUUGGAGCGACUGAAGACGACGUUGCCAUCUCGCUUGGACUGAUGGAAGAAGCAGUCUCAGCGCUGCGCGGCUGCAUCGUCGACGAUGUGCACGUCGGCAACCGCUUCGCCGACCUCCUCAUGACGCUCAUAACAUGCAUCAAGUCGCGGUUUGUGCGCAUGACCACCGGCGGCUCAGGGCGAGCCUCGAUGCAAGCCUCGCGUGCCACGAGCCAGAGCCCUAAUCCCCCGGGCAUGCCAGGCGUAGCCUCGCAACAAGCGCCAGACGGUUUAGGGCGGCCACCGCAAUUCAUGCCACCACCAGGCCAGGGCUACCCCCACGUGGGCAACAACGCCAACGGCGCGGCGCCGCAGUGGCCUGCCUACGGCAGCAGCAAUAGCGGCCUCGCGACCCCCGACGGCACCGGCACCGGCACACGCACCCCCAGCCUCUCCCAGAAUCACCCCCUCUGGGGCAUCAGCACCGAGACGUACGACCCCUCGGCUAAUAAUAUUAGCAUCAUGCCCCCGCCGUCGUUCGGCAUGGGCAGCCCUUACCAACCGCACAACCACAUGCUCGACGGCCACAACGGACCGCACUUCGGCGGUAACGGCAACAACGGCGGCGGCGGUGGCGGCGCCAACGGUCUCGGCGACGGGAACGCCUACGGCACGUCUCCUUCGGGGGGCGGCGGGCCGAAUUCCAGCCACGCUGGCAACGGCGCCCCUGGUGGUGGCGGGCCGGGCGGGCCGGACUGGCUCGCGCUGCCGCUUGAUCCGCUGCUGAAUGGGUUUGGGCCUGUGGACGUUAAUGCUACGACGUUCGGGCCGGAUGUCGGUGGGUAUGAUCUCUUGGAUGUACUGCUGAACGGGUCUGGGCUAGAUGGGUUAGGUGGGAAUGGCGGGGGUGGGGGAGGAGGCGGGCCUGUUGGGCAUGCGGCGUAG